AAAAAGUCUAUUUCUCUUUCCAAUUGCACUUUCUUCACUUGUCAACAACCUGAGUGUUCCUUCAAUUGACUCGUUCAGCAUUCACUGAGCGUUCAGCGUCCAAUUGUGUCUUGGCUUUGAAUAUUUCGCCGCCACCAUGUCUAGCUUCUUCAUCGAGAACAAGAAUGUCGGCAACAAGGCCGACAGCGAAGAUUGGAGAAUUCGCGGCUACAACCCGUUGACGUCGCCCGAUCUGCUCCAGCACGAGAUUGCCCAAACCCCCAAGUCGAAGCAAACCGUGAUCGAGGGCCGUGACGAGUCCGUCGCUAUUGUCAAUGGCACCGACAAGAAGGAGAGACUGCUGGUCAUCAUUGGCCCUUGCUCCAUCCACGACCCCAAAGCUGCUCUCGAGUACUGCGAUAUGUUGUUGCAAGAGAAGGAGAAGCACAAGGACGAGCUCCUCAUCGUGAUGCGCUCCUACCUCGAGAAGCCGCGCACAACAGUCGGAUGGAAGGGAUUGAUCAACGACCCGGAUAUCGACAACAGCUUCAAGAUUAACAAGGGUCUGCGCCUGUCAAGACAGCUCUUCGUCGACCUCACCGACAGGGGCAUGCCUAUUGCCAGCGAGAUGCUCGAUACCAUCUCGCCCCAGUUCCUUGCCGAUCUGCUGUCCGUCGGUGCUGUUGGCGCGAGAACCACUGAGAGUCAGCUGCACCGAGAGCUGGCGAGCGGUCUCAGUUUCCCCGUCGGUUUCAAGAACGGCACUGACGGCUCGCUUGGUGUCUCUAUUGAUGCCAUUGGCGCCGUCAGACACCCCCACCACUUCCUUUCUGUUACCAAGCCCGGUGUCGUCGCUGUCGUCGGUACGCUGGGUAACGAGGACUGCUUCACGAUUCUCAGAGGUGGUACUCGGGGCACUAACUACGAUGCCAAGAGCAUUGCUGAGGCCAAGGCUGCCUUGGAAAAGGCCGGCCUCCCCCAAAGACUCAUGGUCGACUGCUCCCACGGCAACUCCCUGAAGAACCAUAAGAACCAGCCCAAGGUUGCUGCCGACCUCGCUGGCCAGAUUGCCAGCGGCGAGACUGGCAUCAUGGGUGUCAUGAUUGAGAGCAACAUCAACGAGGGUAAUCAGAAGGUGCCGAAGGAGGGCAAGGAGGGCCUGAAGUACGGAGUCAGCAUCACAGACGCAUGCAUCCACUGGGAUGACACCAUUUCUGUCCUUGAUCAGUUGGCCAACGCAGUGAAGCAGCGCCGCGAGGUCAUCAGCAAGAACGGCACCUGAGUAAGGCAGUUGGGUUUCGAACGAUUUUGCGAAUGUGGUCGGUUCCAUGGUACGUAGAUCGGCCACAAGGCGUGGCUGACGAUUUGGACGAGGGAAAAAGUGUGCAUAUACCGAGAGCAUACCUGCCGUGAGUUGCAGGGGCUUCGGUUUGGCGAGGGUAAAAAAGUUUUGUAGUUUUGUUGAAUAAAGUCCACCUGAUACCCAAGUCCUUCGCUAUUCAUGUCGUUCGGGCAUGUGAGAUGCUGAGCUGUUGAGAGGUUCGGAACUAACUCAAUCAUUUUAAUUGUCUCUCAAGUUCUGUCGCGCCC